AAAAGAGGGUUUUUACGACGGGGUUAAAAGGUCACAGUUUUUCACUGCCGUCACACUCAGGCAGAAAAUCUCGAGACAGGCUUGAGAAAAGGGUUUUCUAUUAUUAUAUUAGUGUGUGUAGUGUGUGUGAGUUGAGAGUCAACCGAGCCCUUUUUGAGUCUCUCUCUCUCUUUCUGUUGUUUUGGUUGUAUGUAUAUGUGGGCUUCCAAGACUCCACAUAGUAUUGCGGGUAUUAUCUUCACUUUAGCCUUUUUCUUCUCUCUCUCUCUCACAGUCUGAGCAAACAAGAAAAUACAAAUCAUGAUGUUUUCUCUCUCUAGAAUUCUUUUGUUUUUCAGCUUUUGUAGGACAUGAGAACUAGCUUUUUGCAAGUCAAGCAUGCAGAUAUUGGGAUAACGGAAAAGCCCUCGGAACUAGGGUUUUCUUGAGUCGUUUUUUCUUUUUUCUUCAUUUCGGGCUACCCCUUUUUGCUAUCUUCAUCUCAACAUCGGAGAAGAGAGUGGGUUUCUUGAGAGAGAAAAGAGGGACUUUUUUUUUUCGGUGUAGGGGAGGAGAGAGGGAUAGAGAAGGAAGAGCCAAGCAGCAGCAAAACAGAAAAAGGGUUUCCCUUUGCUUGCCUUCUUUCUCUUUCUUUCUCUCAGUACAAACAUUUGCGGAGAGAGAGAGAGAGAGAGGAAGUUUGAGACAUUUGGAUUCAGGCCUUGUGUCUCCUCUACCUCUCUAUUCUUUUCUCUUUUUUUUUUUCUUUUUCUUCUUUUGAUUCUUGUCCAAACAUUUUUCUUAUGUUCUAUUUUUCCUGUGUCUGUGUGCAAAACGUUUGUGUUGUUGAUAUAUAGAUAACGUUUCUUGAAAGUACUAAAUUUGUGGUGUCUGAAUAUAUACUACCAUUUAUAUCUCCGAAUUCAGUCCAUGAUCUAGCAAGAUUCUUGGUGGGUUCAAUGUGGCUUUUGUAAAUCUUCGUGGUUAAGGAAAAUUAGUGAGAAGGGAACCGAAAAAGGAAGAAUUUUUUUUUCUUUCGAAUUUUUCAUGAAUUUUGGGGAUUUUCUUGAUCAUAACAAUUCUUGUGGUGGUGGGGGUGCAAGAAUUGUUGCCGACUUACCUUAUAGCAACAGCAGCAGUAAUAAUAACACAAUUGGUACAAAUCCCAGUGGAAAUAUCAACAGCAACAACGAUAUGCCCACUGGUGCAAUUGCUCAACCUCGCCUUGUUCCUCAGCCUCUCUCUACCAAGCCCAUGUUCAACUCACCUGGCCUUUCUCUCGCUCUUCAGCAAACGAGUAUGGAGGGGCAAGGAGAGAUGGCAAGAAUGGGGGAGAAUUACGAGACAAGUAAUGUUGGUGGAAGAAGAAGCAGAGAUGAAGAGCAUGAGAGCAGAUCUGGGAGUGAUAACAUGGAGGGUGCCUCUGGAGAUGAUCAAGAUGCUUCAGAUAAGCCUCCGAGGAAGAAAAGAUACCACCGACACACCCCUCAGCAAAUCCAAGAACUCGAAGCUCUGUUCAAAGAAUGUCCCCAUCCUGAUGAAAAGCAAAGGUUAGAGCUCAGCAAGAGGCUAUGCCUGGAGACUAGACAAGUCAAGUUCUGGUUUCAGAAUAGAAGAACUCAGAUGAAGACACAACUCGAACGCCACGAGAACUCGAUUCUCAGGCAAGAAAACGACAAGCUCCGAGCCGAAAACAUGUCGAUGAGGGAGGCCAUGAGGAAUCCCAUCUGCACCAACUGCGGCGGCCCAGCCAUGAUCGGAGAAAUAUCCCUUGAGGAGCAACACCUCAGAAUCGAGAACGCGAGGCUAAAAGACGAACUUGAUCGUGUUUGUGCGCUUGCCGGCAAGUUUUUAGGCCGCCCCGUCUCGUCUUUGGCAGCCCCUCCGAUGCCUAAUUCAAGCUUGGAACUUGGAGUUGGAAGCAACGGAUUCGGAGGUGGCUUAAACACCGUUAUCCCUACGACGCUGCCUUUAGGCCCUACUGAUUAUGGUAGCUCUCUGCCGGUGAUGCCUCCGACAAAAGCAACUAUGAACAUCGCCCCAAUUGAGAGAUCACUUGAGAGAUCUAUGUAUCUGGAGCUUGCAUUAGCAGCAAUGGACGAAUUGGUGAAAAUGGCACAGACCGACGAGGCCCUCUGGCUUAGGAGCUUCGAGGGUGGGAGAGAAAUACUGAAUCACGAGGAAUAUGUGAGAACUUUUAGCACUCCUUGCAUCGGCAUGAAGCCUAAUGGCUUUGUAACUGAGGCCUCAAGGGAGACUGGUAUGGUUAUCAUCAAUAGUUUGGCUCUCGUCGAGACGUUAAUGGAUUCGAACAAAUGGGCAGAGAUGUUCCCAUGUAUAAUUGCAAGAACCGCAACCACAGACGUGAUAUCAAAUGGUAUGGGAGGAACAAGGAACGGUGCCCUUCAGCUGAUGCAUGCUGAGCUGCAAGUUCUAUCGCCAUUGGUUCCGGUAAGAGAGGUCAAUUUCCUCCGGUUUUGCAAACAGCACGCAGAGGGCGUUUGGGCUGUUGUUGAUGUGUCCAUCGACACAAUCCGUGAAACCUCCGGUGGCAGCCCAACGUACCCCAACUGCCGGAGGCUCCCCUCCGGCUGCGUUGUUCAAGACAUGCCUAAUGGCUAUUCAAAGGUUACGUGGGUGGAACAUGCUGAAUAUGAUGAGAGUGUGGUUCACCAUUUGUAUAGGUCGUUGAUAAGCGCUGGCAUGGGCUUUGGUGCUCAACGGUGGGUGGCCACUCUCCAACGACAGUGCGAGUGUCUCGCCAUCCUCAUGUCGUCCAAUGUGCCCACCAGAGAUCAUACUGCUAUAACUGCCGGUGGGAGGAGGAGCAUGUUGAAGCUAGCCCAGCGCAUGACCAACAACUUCUUUGCGGGCGUCUGUGCCUCAACCGUUCACAAAUGGAACAAACUUCGCACGGAGAAUGUGGAUGAGGAUGUUCGUGUCAUGACUAGGAAGAGUGUGGACGACCCUGGGGAGCCGCCAGGCAUUGUACUGAGCGCCGCCACUUCUGUUUGGCUUCCGGUGACCCCUCAGAGGCUUUUUGAUUUCCUCCGAAACGAACAUUUGAGAAGUGAAUGGGACAUCCUCUCAAACGGUGGUCCGAUGCAAGAGAUGGCUCACAUAGCCAAAGGCCAAGAUCAUGGAAAUUGUGUUUCGCUCCUACGAGCAAGUGCCAUGAACGCGAACCAGAGCAGCAUGCUGAUACUCCAGGAGACAUGUAUAGACGCGGCGGGGUCGCUUGUGGUGUACGCGCCAGUCGACAUCCCGGCAAUGCACGUGGUGAUGAACGGUGGCGAUUCCGCCUACGUGGCCCUGCUCCCGUCGGGAUUCGCCAUCGUGCCUGAUGGGCCCGGGUCUCGAGGGGGUGAUGAUGGGCCCACCAGCAACGGCGGGCCGGGUCAUAGGGUUAGCGGGUCGUUGCUGACCGUUGCGUUCCAAAUCUUGGUGAACAGCUUGCCUACCGCCAAGCUCACAGUGGAAUCGGUGGAGACCGUGAACAACCUGAUAUCAUGCACCGUGCAGAAAAUCAAGGCCGCUCUUCAAUGUGAGAGCUGAUCUCGUGGGGCCCACCUUAGCAUCUUCUUUUUUUUUUUUUCUUUUUUUUUAAAAUUUAUUUUCAUGCUCAUAAAUUGAGAGCAGAAUUUAACGUGACUAGAGGUUGAUCAUGCUCUUUUGUAUUUGUGUGU